CCCCCGCCCCGCUCCCGCCGCAUCCCGCCGCGCGGGGGGGCCGCGGCCGCAGCAUGUCCCGCAGGGCCGGGCCGGCCGCCGCGCUGAGGAUGCCCCUGCAGCGGAAAUCCUCCAGGAUCCACUCGGCGGCUGGACCCGUCUGUUCCCCCGCGGGCUACAAGAAGGCGGAUGAUGAGAUGUCCGGAGCCACGUCCUCGGCGGAUCUGGACGAGGCGCCAGCCCGCACCAUUUACUUGAACCAGCCGCAGCAGAGCAAGUUCCGCGACAACCGGGUCAGCACAGCCAAAUACAGUGUGUUGACAUUUCUACCUCGAUUCCUGUAUGAGCAGAUAAGAAAAGCUGCAAAUGCAUUCUUCCUCUUCAUUGCCUUACUGCAGCAAAUUCCAGAUGUCUCUCCAACAGGAAGAUAUACCACCUUGGUGCCAUUGCUAUUUAUUUUAACAGUUGCUGGCAUCAAAGAAAUCAUAGAAGACUAUAAAAGGCAUAAGGCAGAUAAUGCAGUGAAUAAAAAGAAAACAAUAGUUCUAAGAAAUGGGAUGUGGCAGAACAUUAUGUGGAAAGAGGUAGCAGUAGGAGAUAUUGUGAAGGUCACCAAUGGGCAACAUCUUCCAGCAGACAUGAUCAUUGUUUCUUCCAGUGAACCACAAGCCAUGUGCUAUAUUGAAACAGCUAAUCUCGAUGGGGAGACGAAUCUUAAAAUAAGACAGGGAUUGUCUCAAACUGCUAGUCUCCAGUCAAGAGAAGAAUUGAUGAAAGUAUCUGGAAGGAUUGAAUGUGAAGGACCCAACCGUCAUCUUUAUGACUUCACUGGAAAUUUGCGCUUAGAUGGUCAAAGCCCAGUUCCUGUUGGUCCAGACCAGAUCUUGCUGAGAGGUGCACAACUGAGAAACACUCAAUGGGUCUUGGGUAUUGUUGUGUAUACAGGACAUGAUACGAAACUCAUGCAGAAUUCAACCAAAGUACCUCUGAAGAGAUCAAAUGUGGAUAAAGUGACCAAUAUGCAGAUCCUGGUUUUGUUCUGUAUUCUCCUGGUGAUGGCGCUUGUGAGUUCUGUAGGUGCCUUAUUAUGGAACAGAACACAUGGUGAAGUUGUCUGGUACCUUGGCUCCAAUGAAAUGCUGUCUGUCAACUUUGGAUACAAUCUGCUGACAUUUAUAAUCUUAUACAACAACCUUAUUCCAAUCAGUCUUCUGGUGACAUUGGAAGUUGUCAAGUUUACUCAGGCUCUUUUUAUAAAUUGGGACUUAGAUAUGUAUUAUCCUGAAACAGAUACACCUGCAAUGGCCAGAACCUCAAACCUUAAUGAGGAACUUGGGCAGGUAAAAUACCUGUUUUCUGAUAAAACAGGUACUCUAACGUGCAAUAUCAUGAACUUUAAGAAAUGUAGUAUCGCUGGGGUGACAUAUGGUCACUUUCCCGAGCUGGAAAGAGAACGCUCAUCAGAAGAUUUCAGUCAGCUACCUCCCUCUACCAGUGAAUCAUGUGAAUUUGAUGACCCAAGACUGCUGCAAAACAUUGAAAAUGACCAUCCCACAGCUGUGCACAUACAGGAGUUCCUCACUCUGCUGGCUGUGUGUCAUACCGUCGUUCCUGAGAGACAAGGAAAUAAAAUAAUCUACCAGGCCUCCUCUCCAGAUGAAGGGGCAUUAGUGAAAGGAGCAAAAAAACUUGGUUAUGUCUUCACAGGACGAACUCCGCAUUCAGUUAUCAUUGAGGCGCUGGGAAAAGAAAAAACCUUUGAAAUUCUUAAUGUGCUGGAGUUUUCCAGUAACAGGAAGAGAAUGUCGGUGAUUGUCCGAACUCCAGCAGGACAACUACGUCUCUACUGCAAAGGGGCUGAUAAUGUAAUUUUUGAGAGGCUUUCAAAAGAUUCCCAGUAUAUGGAGCAAACACUGUGCCAUCUUGAAUACUUCGCAACAGAAGGUUUGAGGACUUUGUGCAUUGCCUACACAGACCUCUCGGAAGACUCUUACAGAGAGUGGUUGAAUGUCUACAAUGAAAGCAGUACAGUUCUGAAAGACAGAACUCAGAAGCUGGAAGAAUGCUAUGAGAUCAUUGAAAAGGAUUUACUGCUUCUUGGAGCUACAGCCAUUGAAGACCGCCUGCAAGCAGGUGUUCCAGAAACAAUAGCCACGCUAAUAAAGGCGGGAAUUAAGAUAUGGAUUCUGACGGGGGACAAACAGGAAACAGCUCUCAAUAUAGGGUACUCCUGCAGACUCAUUUCGCAGAGUAUGUCUCUCAUCCUGGUCAAUGAAGAUUCGUUAGAUGCAACAAGAGCCUCUCUGACUCAACAUUGUACCAGUUUGGGGGAGUCACUGGGCAAGGAAAAUGAUAUCGCUCUGAUUAUCGAUGGCCACACACUGAAGUAUGCCCUUUCAUUUGAAGUCAGGCAGAGCUUCCUGGACUUGGCGCUCUCCUGUAAAGCUGUCAUUUGUUGCAGAGUAUCUCCUCUACAGAAGUCUGAAAUAGUAGACAUGGUCAAGAAACACGUCAAUGCCAUAACACUUGCCAUUGGAGAUGGUGCCAACGAUGUAGGAAUGAUCCAGACAGCUCACGUUGGAGUGGGGAUCAGCGGCAAUGAGGGCAUGCAGGCAACCAAUUGCUCGGACUAUGCUAUUGCACAGUUUUCCUACUUGGCAAAGCUGUUGUUGGUCCAUGGAGCUUGGAGUUACCAUCGAGUUACCAAGUGCAUACUGUAUUGCUUCUACAAGAAUUUGGUUCUGUAUAUUAUUGAGCUUUGGUUUGCUUUCAUUAAUGGAUUUUCUGGGCAGAUCUUAUUUGAGCGAUGGUGCAUUGGUCUGUAUAAUGUGAUUUUCACAGCGCUGCCACCCUUUACCCUGGGAAUUUUUGAUCGACCGUGUGCUCAAGAUAGCAUGCUUAGAUUUCCACAGCUAUACAAAAUUACUCAAAAUGCAGAUGGGUUCAACACAAGGGUUUUCUGGGGUCACUGCAUCAAUGCCCUGAUCCAUUCCAUCAUUCUCUUCUGGUUUCCACUGAAAAUGCUGGAGCAUGAUGCAGUGUUUACAAAUGGCAUGGGAAUUGACUAUUUAUUUGUUGGAAACAUAGUUUACACUUUUGUUGUAGUCACUGUUUGUCUGAAAGCUGGCUUGGAAACAACUGCAUGGACUAUAUUCAGUCACCUGGCAGUCUGGGGAAGCAUGCUGCUCUGGCUGGUGUUCUUCGGUGUCUACUCAGCCAUCUGGCCCAUAUUUCCCAUCGCACCGGACAUGCUGGGGCAGGCUGGAAUGGUGUUAAGAUGUGGAUAUUUCUGGUUUGGCUUGUUUCUCUUGCCCUCUGCGUGCCUUGUUAAAGACGUGGCGUGGACAGCGGCCAAGCAUACCUACCAUAAAACUUUGCUGGAGCAAGUUCAAGAGUUGGAGACAAAGACGAGAGAGCUGGAAAAAGCCAUGCUUCGUGAUAGUAAUGGAAAGAGCAUGAACGAACGUGAUCAUUUGUUAAAAAGGCUCGGCAGGAAAACUCCUCCGAGCCUUUUCCGUGCUCGUUCUGUCCAGCAAAGUGUAUCACAUGGGUAUGCCUUUUCUCAAGAAGAACACGGUGUUGUUUCACAGUCGCAAGUUGUUCGAUCCUACGAUACAACCAAAAGGAGAGCAGAAAUAGAAUAAAUGGUUCUUUACUUGAUGGGUGGUGGGAAUAAUGGGAUUUGGAUCAGUGCAUCCACUGUUAACACGUUCUUGACUAGGGUUGGCAACAGCAGCCAAAAUACCAGAGAACUCAUUUCCGUGGCCUUAGCCAACAAAUUUCUGUAUUCUCCCUGCAAACCUUGAGUACAUAUUGUGGGGGAAAUCAUUGUUUGAAUUCAGUCACAAAGCUCUGCCUAAAUUUUGUUUAUGUUGUUACAAAGCAUUUGACUGUGUUACGUGAGGUGUGAAAUUAAGAACAGUGUUUUACCACUAUUUAAAACAUCAGCAUAAGGUUUUUCUGGGAGAAAAGUAGAAAAUUUAUGUUCCAUGAGAAAUCAGCCCGUGCUUAAUUGGAACGGGGUGCUGAGAUUUCCUGUUUUGUCACACGCCAACCAAGUGCACACGGCUGCAUGCAGACUUUACUCCCUCACUGUUUACUGAUCUGGCUGAAAUUUUUAACAGGCGGUUUGGCAUAUAAUUUUUGAUUGCAACACAGUCUGUAGCUAAAAUUGCUUAUUGGCCUUCUUAUGACAGAAUAACACAAGAUGGCAAUUACUUACUUAGAAUGUUCUUGCCCUCUUACAGGAUUUAUUAGGGCUCUAUCCUAGCUUUCUAAAACUCAAUUAAUAGCUUACUCACAAAGCCAGGAGCCCUUCUGGCUGAUAUUUUGAUUCAGGAAGGGAAUGCAGACGCUUGCUGUUCUUACCAUUAAGAGCUCUUAGACUGGAAAGUUGCUCAAAGUUGUUUCUCAACUCUUUUUUUCAAAAAGAAGGGCUCUGGAGAAUAUAAAGCAAUGAGGCAGCCAGGCCCUCUGGGACUCUGUGUGCACGUGUAUGUUGGAAGAGUCAUCCAACUUAAAAACCUCCCGUGUCCCUCCUCCUGCCCUCAAAGUGCAGCCCGUUGCGCUGAGAGGUCAAAUAUUCAGCAGCUUGAGUGACAGGAUCUUUAACAGCAUCUUUUUCAUCAGCGAGCCAAGUCAUGUGCCUGCUUGUCUGUCAUAUCUGUACUCGAAUUGCUUAAAUAUUGUUUCAGAUGGGGAGGUUUUAAUCUGGAUAUGCAGAGAGGAGUAAUGCUGUGGGGGGAUGUUUAAUUGGCUCCCAGCAGAGCAGCAGUGGUGUGUGGUUUUUUUCCUCUAGAAGUGUUACCAUUUUCACAUCCUAUAUUAAUGUCCUCUGGUAGUUUAAAUACUGCAUCGCAUUACAGUGGAGUUUGUUUCCCUCCCAGACUGAAUACAAAUGAAGGUCAUUUACUUGUAUUUUUAGAAGGUUCAGAAAACUUAGAAAUUUGUAGCUUUGAACGGCAUUGUUUACUGUUGUAUGUCUGCACAAAAAUAUUUCCAAUAAACCUUUUAUUAAA